GUAUAGUUCUUGCUCGAUAAAUUCAAAAAGAGAGGCGUUAUUUUUAGGUAAAAUAACUUCUCAAGCUGGCAACAUUUGCUUGUCCUCCAAACCAACCUAUGUUCUUUCCUGUCACUUGGUUCAUUCAUUUAUUUAUUUGUCAAGACAAAUUGUCAUACGCGUCGCCGAUGUGUCAGUGAGCGAUCGUUGUAUAUUGUGUUAUUUUGUGUCGUAAAUGUGGUUCGAUUAUGUGAUAAUGAGAAGACACGCGCUCUACAACAUUAUUAUUAAGUGAUGCAUGUGUUUUGAGUUUAGUGUCGUGUUAAAAAACGUUGUUUUCAUUUGUAUGUCAUCGGACUCUUCAAUAUGGCGGCCCCUCGUCACAAAUCACAACAGAAAAAUAUAUCUUCGAUAUUUUCGAAGUUGCAUGGAGCGUUUUCGGACGCGGUAUGCCCUACCAAACUAGCGACCGACAAAAGGACAUUGGAUAAGACUUGGAAAUUAAUGGAUAAAGUGGUGAAACUGUGUCAGCAUCAUAAGAUGAAUUUGAAAAACAGUCCGCCGUUUAUUCUCGAUAUUUUGCCGGAUACGUAUCAGCGUCUACGUGUGAUAUACUCGAAGUACGAGGACAACAUGCAGGCGUUGAAUAGUAACGAACAUUUUAACAUAUUUAUAAUUAAUUUGAUAAGGAAAUGCAAGCAGGCUAUAAAGUUGUUUAAAGAGGGGAAGGAGAAGAUGUUUGAUGAGAACUCUCACUACAGACGUAACUUGACGAAGUUGAGUUUGGUGUUUAGUCACAUGCUGAGCGAGUUGAAGGCGAUGUUCCCUAACGGUACGUUCGCCGGCGACCAGUUCCGCAUCACGAAAAGCGACGCUGCGGAGUUCUGGAGGAGCAACUUUGGAAACAGCACCCUGGUUCCAUGGAAGAUCUUUCGAGAGGAGUUGAACAACGUGCAUCCGAUCUCCUCGGGGUUGGAGACGAUGGCGUUGAAGACCACGAUAGAUCUUACCUGCAACGAUUUUAUAUCUAAUUUCGAGUUUGACGUCUUUACAAGGUUAUUCCAGCCUUGGAGUACGUUACUCCGGAACUGGCAACUGCUAGCGGUCACGCACCCGGGAUAUGUCGCCUUCCUAACUUACGACGAGGUGAAGGCGAGGCUCCAGAAAUAUAUACAUAAAGCUGGCAGUUACGUUUUUAGGUUAUCAUGUACGCGGCUCGGUCAGUGGGCGAUAGGGUACGUGACGGUCGACGGCGAGAUUUUACAAACUAUACCCCAGAACAAAAGCCUCGUGCAGGCUUUACUAGAUGGGUACAGAGAGGGAUUCUACCUAUAUCCAGAUGGCCGGGAUGUGAACCCAGAUUUAAGCAGCGCUAUCAUAUCGCCAGCCGAGGAUCACAUCACAGUCACACAGGAACAGUACGAAUUGUACUGUGAAAUGGGUAGCACCUUCCAGUUAUGUAAGAUUUGUGCGGAAAACGACAAGGACAUAAGGAUAGAGCCGUGCGGACAUCUUUUGUGUACACCGUGCCUUACUGCGUGGCAAAUUGAUUCAGAAGGUCAGGGCUGUCCGUUCUGUCGCGCCGAGAUCAAAGGUACCGAACAAGUGGUCGUCGACGCCUUCGUGCCGCCGAGACCGCCCAACACGACGUCAGAAUCAAAACACACAAAGACUGCAGUUAAACCUGUUUCGUCGAACUCGUCCGGUUCUUCAGGAUCGUCCGGUUGUAACGGAUCUAGUGUAGAUGUGACGAUAUCUGGCAACUCAAACGGCUGGGCGUCUAGGAAUACAACGUUCAACGGGCUCACGGAUGACAUCGACGACGCUGAGGACUGGGCGGAGUUCAACGCGGCCACCUCCACGAUAGCGGCCCUGCGGCCGUCGGUGCGGUCCCCGCUGGGCUCGCCGCGCCACUCGCCGCGCGCCCCGCGCCGCGCGCCCCCGCAGCACGAGAACGCGUACGGGGAGCUGCGCGCGCCCCCGCUGCCGCCGCGCAAGAGCCUGUCGCCCGCCGAGCCCGUCAUCGUGGCCGCUAGUAGUGUGCAGGAUAUAGCGGCUGCUAGCAGUGCGCCAGAACCCAGAAGACGUUCGUCAUUGGAGCCGGAGCCUGACUCCAGACACCGGCUGACCUCCAUCAUCACCGGUUCCACGGAGACCAUCACUGGUGUCAUCGACACGAGGAAUGAGGUGCCACCAGACCCGAGAGCAUUUGAAAAGCCCCGACGAGCGUGUACCCCACAGUCGAACAGUAGACCCCUCCCUGCCCCACCUCCCGAAAGACCGACCGAAGCCCCCACACCCACAGAACCGAAACCAGAUAGACAAGACAACAGAUACAUCCCAGACAGACAGGAACGGACAGAGAGACACGUAAACAACCAAGAAAACAGACAAAUACCAGACAGAUAUAUUCCCAGUCAAGAAAACAACAGACAAGUACUGGAAAGACACGUGCCAAAUCAAGAAAAUAACAGACAAAUCCCAGAAAGACACGUGCCCAGCCAAGAAAACAGACAAUUACCAGAGAGACACGAUAAUAGGCAAGAAAGGGUCCAAGAAAGACCGGAAAGGAUGGAAAAUCGAGAUACGAGGCAAGAAAGACAUAUCCCAGAACAAAGGCACGAAACCAGAGUGAUGGACAGACAAGACAGACACUUAGAAAGUCGAGAAAAACUCGAAAGACAUCUCCCUUUAUCUGAUAGUCGGCAUACAGAUUUCCGACUCCCACCCGAAAGACCGCCAGAAAAACCAGACAGAAUUAUUGAGUCGAGAUCUAGUUUUGAUAGGGAAACUAGGCUGGAAAGUAGAGCGCCGCCAAGGCAGAGGUCCUUGCCGGCAACGACUAGCGGCAGUGUCGACCAACCGGCCAAGUCCACCACUAUGCCUAAGUUCCCAUCUGAGGAUAUAAAGGACCCGCCGUAUGAGAAUGUUGCUGUUGAGAAGAAUGAGUUGGCUGUUGCACCUAAAAAAAUCAACCCGCUAACGCACGACAAGCACGGCAGAAAGUACGGAGACAACGUGUCGUACGAAAACAUAAAUUUAGAUUACAUUGCGCGCCUAGUAGGGGAGGGUUACCCCAAAGAUAUAGUCGUACGGGCAUUGGGCAUCACGAGAAACGAUCUGGAAAUGGCCUGCGAUAUACUUCACGAGUUUGGAUCUAAAAUACCUAAUAAAUGUUAAUGAUAGUUAGAUUGUUCUUUAAAUAAAUGAUUUGGUGAGGUAAGUGAUGCGUUCAGACGAUACUUCUAUAUAUAAAUUGUUUUUAUUUGUAUAGAACGAUGUGUAGGUAAGUUUUUGUGUUCAAUUUUGGUAAAUAAUAGUUGAAUAACGUUGACAACUGUUUCAAUUACAAUUAGCUGAAUAGUUUAAGUACGAACACUAAUUUGGCCAUCAAAACUUAUUUGCAAAACGUUCUGUACAAAAAUCUUCAUUGGGUUAAAAAUGAAAAGUAUAAUUUUGAAAUUCUGAGGCCAAAAUAUGUAUUUAAAAUAACAUGUAUACAUAACCUGUAUACGACGCUAAACUAUCAAAAAGUGACCACUUGCUUUACCAAAUAAAAUAAUUAACAGAGUUAUUAGAAAUCGUACCUUAUGAAUUAAAUAUAAGUCUGAUUUUAAAUUGUACAUAUUUCAGUGGCAAUCUCUUAUAUUCGACAGACAUAGGAUAAUGACAUCUAUCGAGUUAGAAAUAACGACUAUUUUACUUUGAACAAUAUUUGCAUAUUCUUAGGAUGUAACUGAAAAUACGGGUGUUAUGUAUUUGACCGAUUCAUAAGUGCAAUUCAGCUAUCAAUUUAGUAUAGGAUCACAUAUAAGUAAACUGCAUAGGCCAAUAAAAUUGCUUUGAACUUUGAA